GUGUAGGACCGUCCUUAUAGCCACGGAUCCUACAAUUCGUCCUUGACAUUGGCUAGAAGUUGACUGUAUAUAAACCCUCUUUGGCUAGAGAUGCAGCAUUCGGAGAUCGCUUGAAGUUGCACAAACAUGAAACUGAUCAUCUUGGCAGCAGUUAUCGGCGCUUGCGCAGCGGGUGUCCUACCCGGCUACGUCGCUCCACAAUACCGCGGAUAUUACGAGCGACCGCGCGCAGCACUUGAGAGGAAUGCCGCCAUCAUCAGAUCAGUGGCGGAUGUCAACGAACAGGGCUACCACUUCGCUUAUGAUACCGAAAAUGGAAUCCAAGCUGAAGAAACCGGCCACGAAGCUAAUGGAAUCCAAGCAGCUGGAGGCUACUCCUACACGGGAGAUGACGGCCAGUUGUACAGCGUGAGGUAUACUGCUGACAGCAAUGGUUUCCAGGCUCAAGGAGCUCAUCUCCCCACCGCUCCCCCAGUACCUGAAGCCAUCGCUAAGGCCCUUCAGGAGAACGCUCGCGACGAAGCCAAUGGAAUAUUCGAUGAUGGUAGCUACCACGCUGGCAAGUACGAGUCCGGAGUAUUCGCCGCACGCACCUACGCCCCUCCGAGACUCGUAGCGCCCUUCAGGAAACCAUACUACUUUUAGACCAAGUGCCAUCUAUAUUUAGUUAUAUACAAAGCAAAUAAAGUGAUCAUCGUUUAUUAA